CAAAAACACCGUGAGCGCUCGUUUUGUUGGUUACGUUCUCCCGCCGAGGGGGAGGGGCGGGGGGAGCAGCAGCGGCAGACUGGGUUAGGUCCGUCUGCCGCUGCUGCUGCUGCCUUUCUGUCUGGGACACUGCUGCCUUUUCCGCAGAAAUGCCUUUCCCGGACGCCCCCUUGUCUUCCGCAACUCUGAGGCCCCUAUCCGCCCCUUUCCCCUCUCAUCUGGAGCUGUAAAUAAUAAUUUCCUCUUCCCCUCAGGACGGCAGAUGACUAAUCCUGUGUUGCUCCAGGCAACGAGAGGAAAAUCACCACCAGCUGCAGCCAAGCACUGCAGAGCGUCUCUGGUGUUUCUGGUGGGUUAGUCUCCUCUGCAGGUUUGAAUCUGGUUUUGCUGAAGAGGGUUGAGGAAAACGAGCUCCAGGUUCUGGAAAGCAACCUGCUGAACCUCACAUCAACUGUGCUGAAUACUGCAGACCGGGUUUGAGCUGUAGCUGUGUGGCCGGGCAGCCUGGCUGCCCCCCUGCCUCCAGAUGAAUGAAGAACACUCCGGGACACAGAGGCACAGCUGAUACAGGGCAUGCAGGUGUUUCUGCCAAUAUGAUGAAGAAAAAGAACCCGCACAAGAAGCAUAAGAGCAGCCUCGGCCCGCCCACCAAAGUCCUGUCGCAGCCUCGACGCAACAUCGUUGGCUGCCGGAUCCAACACGUCUGGAAGGAAGGAGGAGGACAUGUGAUCUGGAAAGGAACUGUACUCGACCAGGUGCCUGUGAACCCGUCUCUCUAUCUGAUAAAGUAUGAUGGAUUUGACUGUGUUUAUGGUUUGGAGCUUCAUAAAGAUGAGAGGGUUCAGGGACUGGAAGUGCUCCCCGACAGACUUGCUAAGUCCCGUCUGACAGACGUCAACCUGGCCGACGCCAUGAUAGGUAAAGCGGUGGAGCACAUGUUUGAGACAGAGGAGGGUCCGAAGGAGGAGUGGAGGGGUAUGGUGCUGGCCCGGGCUCCCAUCAUGACCAGCUGGUUCUACAUCACCUACGAGAAAGACCCUGUCCUGUACAUGUACCAGCUGCUGGACGACUACAAAGAAGGAGACCUGCGCAUCAUGCCCGACUCUAAUGACAGCGUCCCAACAGAGAGGGAGCCAGGCGAGGUGGUGGACAGCCUGGUGGGUAAACAGGUCGAGUACGCCAAAGAGGACGGCGGCAAACGAACAGGCAUGGUCAUCCACCAGGUAGAGGCCAAGCCGUCCGUCUACUUCAUCAAGUUUGAUGAUGACUUCCUCAUUUAUGUGUAUGACCUGGUCAAAACUUCGUAAGAUUCUGUGGAUUUCCUGAAGCCCACCCAAACCCAGUGCGAUGGAAAGAAAAUGCAGCACACGUCAAGACAUCUGAAGCAUUUAACCCGGACUUGUUCUUCGGACCAUCAAAGAUGAAAAUAAAGACUGAAAAGAAGAUUUUUCACAGCGGGAAAUUAGAAGAAAGGCUGUUUUUGCGAGUCAACUUGUUUCUCUGCAGGAAGGUUUAAAAUGGAAAAAAGACCUCCUUUAAACCCUUAAAAUAAUAGGAAAAAGUUACCUUUAAUAGGUCUAAAAGCUUUUGAAGCCCUGUGUUACAUUUCUGGAAAAAAAGAAAGUUAUGUAAAAGAUCAAUUUUAGAAUAGAAAAUAAUACAACAUGGAUUAGAUUCAAGAAGAGGCUUCUUUUUUUUUUUUUUUUUUAAACUUUUACUAAACAGUGAUCUUGUAAAUAGAUCAAUAGUAGCCAUCUCUUUUUUGCUUGAGCAUUUAAAGAUUCUUCUGGAAAGAUUUCUGUGUCAUGUUUUCUACUGAAGCUCACCUGGCCACAGAAAAACAAGCAGACUCCCAGUGAAGAAAUGUAGCUUGAAGCCGGUUGUUGGAAGGGACUUGACUAGAAAUCAACAAAUCAAACAGACUAGAAGAUGAAGAAGAUGAUGAUGAUGAUUAUGAUGAAGAUGAUAAAGAAGAAGGAUUCUUAGACUGGAACAUUUCUAGUCACGAUGAAGGAGGAGUUGGUGUUUGGACUCAGAUGCCACAUCUCAGUGUUGACGAUAACUUCUCCAUCUGCCUAGCAUUACCAUGUAUGGAAGCUCAUUUCUGCCAUGAUUAAAAAAUACUCAUGCUAAAGGCAGUAUUACAAUAUUUCUAAGUAAAAAUUAUGACGCCCUAAAUCCGAAUAAUCUGAUAGUUUUGAAAGGUAGCUAGAUGCGCCGUUUGGCAUACGCUUCACUGAAUCAUGAAUUCAUACAUUCGCAUUUCUGUGUGAAUAUGCAGAAUUUGUAGUUCAGGCUCUGUUGGCCAGUAACAAAGGUAAACAGAGCAAAGCAAGUGAGGAUUGUCUGACAGUGAUUUAACUUUUUUUUUUUUUUUUAAUUUAUAUG